GCUGGUCGCUGUCCUGGGUGUUGAAUCUACUGCGGCUGGCGACUGCCGGAGCCGGGGAGCGGCUGCGGGAGGCGAAGGGCGGGCAGUAUGGAGUGAGAGCUGGCGGCGGCGAGCAGGGGAACGGGACAGGCGCCUGAGAUGGGCCAGGCAUGAUGGGGGCGCUCGGCUCCGUCCUCCCGCUGCUGCUACCGCCGCUGCUGCAGAUCCUCGCCGCCGCCCCGCGUAGCCAACCGUCCUCCACCGGAGCCGCCGCCGAGGCGCGGAUCGGCUGCCUGUUUGAGGAUGACCUUUGCAAAUCAUCUGAAGUCUGUGUAAAUGAUGGAAUAUUUGGGAGAUGUCAGCGAGUGCCAGUAAUAGACAUCUAUAAAUAUGACAUUUCACCCCUUGUUCUGCAGCGCCUAAGGAUCAUCCUGGAGAAGCUCUCGCACAGAGGUUUUACCUGGCAAGAUGAUUAUACACAGCAUGUUAUUGGUCAGGAGCUCUCAACCAUACACAAAAUCUACAACAGACGCCCUGAUGUGUUUGCAUCUGAAGGAUCUGAAACACGAAGGACAUUGGGACAGGAUGCAGAUAAUGAAAGAAAUUAUGAGCUGGAAAAUGAUGCGAACUUGGCCAAGUCUCUUCAGCAAUAUCUUAAAUAUCUUGGUAUUCUAUCCCAGUCUGCAACUACAAAUUUGAUUCCUAGGAAGAUGAGUGACAAAGCUUCAGUCAAGAGCUACAUCUAUAAUGAUCCUAUCAGGUACUACAUGAUGCAAAAAUCCAAAGAGCGAGCACCUCCUGUGGCCCAUGCAUCAACAUCCCAUCAACAGUAUGCUGAAAAUCUCCAUGGGAGGACCUUCAACCAGCCUCAGCCAGACAAGUUAUCACUGGAGUCAGAAAUGGGGCUUGACCAAAAAACUCUGAUGGCUGCACUGCAUACGUACAUCACUCAAAACUUGUCAGCACAAAGCAAUGAUAAAAGCUCUCACAGCAGGACUAAAGAGUCUCACAUUUAUGCUGAUAGAUUCCACUCUUCACAAGUCAGUCCUUUUGAUGGAACUUUUGCCAAAGGAAAAGAAGAUUUUAAAAUGAAGAAGCUGUUCCAGCCAAGACCUGCAUUUGGAGUGCUGCGGCCAACCCCUGAGAUGCUGAAUCAGAAAUCUGUGUCCCAGGAUAAUCUAAGGGACCCUCUGAGUGCAGUGGAUGAGACGCUUAUCAAAGAUGUAUUGAAGGACCUAGAGAAACACCAAGUGAAUGUGGAGAAUCUCAGCUCAGCAGAACUGGAUGAGAUUGCUGAUACUGUCGCUAAUGCAAUACAAGCUGUUGGCAUUCAGGAAGAAAUAGGAAAGGGUGCUGGAAAAAAUGAAGAUGACAAAGCAGAAGCACAAAUGAAGAAAGGAGAUGCUCAAGGAAGGGCAGAAGUUCAGACUGGAUUAAUGGAAAACAGUGCUAAUAUACCAGACAAUGGAAUGCAUCAAGCUCGUGUGAGAACUGAUAAAGAGGAGAACACUGCAAAACUAAUUAGCUUCUUGAAUGAGAAUGCACUACCUGAAAAUAUACCUAAAGAAUCUACUAAGACUGAAACCAAGAAAUCUGAGGACAGUAAUUCUUCAUCAGAAGAAAUAAAUGCUGGAGUGGAAAAUGUAAAGAGCGAGACUUUCUCAAGGGAACUUACAGCUGCAAAGAGCAGUGAUUUGGAGUCCAAAGACCCAAGUGAUAGCCAGCACUGGAUUAAGAAUUCUUUAAUGAAGGGUGGAAACUCCCAUGAAGAACCUCAGAAAAAUACAGGACAAGGCUUACAACUUGAAGUGAAGUCUUCCGAUGAUAAAGAAUACGGCUAUAUUGUGACAGUGAAAGACCCCAUCAGUGUGGAAAAGGGCUUGGAGUUAAUAAACGAAGUGGCAGAUCUCCUGAAGCUGCAGAUGAGUGCCUUCGAUGACAUCAACGUGCUGGGACCAGCUGUGACCUUCAGAGUGCACUCAAACCUCCAAAACAUUUCAACUGCAGAUGUUGCCAAAACAGCAGCCAUAAACAAAGAGAAGCUUGAAAAAACAACUGGACUGAAGAUUCUUCAGACUGGUGUGGGGGAGAAAAGCAACGUCCCGCCGCUCCCGCAGCGCGGGGAAGAAGCAGAAUCCGCCAAAUUUCUCCUCCUCACCCUCCUCUCCCUCGCCUGCAUCGCUGGAGUCCUGGCGGCAUCGGGGGUCGUCUACUGCCUCCGCCACCGCGCCCACCACCGCCUGCGGGAGAAGCUCUCGGCUCUGGGGGCCGACGUCGGCUCCGAUGCCCCCGCUGCUUAUCAGGAGCUAUGCCGUCAGCGCAUGGCAGUGAAAACAUCUGAUCGCCCAGAGCCCCUGCCUGCUUCUCGAGUAAACAGCGUUUCUUCACAAUUCAGUGAUGGGCCCAUCCCCAGCCCCUCGGCCAGGAGCAGCACAUCAUCCUGGUGUGAGGAGCCAGUUCAGUCCAACAUGGACAUCUCCACCGGUCACAUGAUCUUGUCCUACAUGGAAGAUCAUCUGAAAAACAAGAAUCGUCUGGAGAAAGAGUGGGAAGCUCUGUGUGCUUAUCAGGCUGAACCCAAUUCCACCACCAUGGCACAGCAGGAGGAAAACAUCCAGAAGAAUCGCUCACAGGCUGUAGUACCAUAUGAUCAUUCCAGAAUAUGUCUGAAAGGUGAAAAUAGCCACGACAAUUCAGACUACAUCAAUGCUAGCCCGAUUAUGGACCAUGACCCUCGAAACCCUGCAUAUAUUGCCACCCAGGGCCCUCUCCCUGCUACCGUUGCGGACUUCUGGCAGAUGGUCUGGGAGAACGGCUGUGUCGUUAUUGUCAUGCUGACACCCCUCGCAGAAAACGGAGUCAAACAGUGCUACCACUAUUGGCCAGACGAAGGGUCAAACCUCUACCAUAUCUAUGAGGUAAACCUUGUCUCUGAGCACAUCUGGUGCGAGGAUUUCCUCGUGAGGAGCUUCUACCUGAAGAACCUGCAGACAAAUGAAACCCGCACAGUGACACAGUUCCACUUCCUCAGCUGGAAUGAUCAGAGGGUUCCUGCUUCCACAAGAUCACUUCUGGAUUUCCGCAGAAAAGUAAACAAGUGCUACAGGGGUCGCUCUUGUCCAGUAGUUGUUCAUUGCAGCGAUGGUGCGGGAAGAAGUGGAACCUACAUUCUAAUUGACAUGGUUCUCAAUAAAAUGGCUAAAGGUGCUAAAGAGAUUGAUAUUGCUGCUACCCUGGAGCACUUGAGGGACCAGAGACCAGGCAUGGUCCAGACAAAGGAACAGUUUGAGUUUGCUUUGACAGCGGUUGCAGAGGAAGUGAAUGCAAUACUCAAGGCACUUCCCCAGUGAGCAGCUCAGUCUCCUGAAGAUUCCUGCAGGAUCCGUCCCUCGUUUUCCUCAUCCUCAGUCCCUGUGAAUGUCCUUGGAAACCGUGACCUGACCUUAACUGUGUAUCUUCUGUUGUAAUCACAUAGUGAUAGGGUCCUUACAAACUCCUUUAGCUGGUAAAAGUUCAACAGUUAAAAUGUGCAUCCUGUUUUUUGGGGUUUUAAACAAAUUUUUUAAAGGACAUUGAAGCCUCGGAUUACAUGAGAGAACAAUCCAUCAAAUUCCUUUCAAAUCCUCCAAGCCCCAAAUGUCACACUUUGAAAGCACACAUUCACGUUCUUACUAGCAAAUAUACAGUAUUGUGGGUAAUUAGUGCAGUCAAUAUAGUCUCAGAAAACUGUGUUCUGUUAUAUUUUGUAACUUCUCAGAGGCUGAAUAAGAGGGGAGAGAGCAGAAGAGGGUGGUGAUUGUUCGUACACAAUGUUAAGCUAGAGCAUGAAACAGUGCUGAGAGUGUGAGUAAACACAGGUCCAGGCUCUGGCAAAGAGAGUUUGCACCUUCUCAUGCUGGGCUUUGGCAAGCCGAUGUUUUCUUAACUGUUGUUUACUUUUCAGCUUUGUGCCACGAAUAGGAGAAAAUCUGAACUCUAAGUACAUAGGCCUGCAUAGCUGUUGCAGCCAGGAAAACAAGUUGGUCACAUUAAUAGGAAACCAGGGGAUAACGAGCACAAUUCGGAUCAUGUACCUACCACUGACAGCGUGGAAAAGGAGAGUGUAGGCUCACUUCAGGUGAUGGAGAAAGGCCCCAUCAGAAGUCAGGUGAAUGUCCAGAGCUGUUAGGGAAACAGAUUCCUGGCUUUAUGGGAUAACUGAGGAAGAAAAUGGGACUUUCCUCUUUAUAUUUUUGCAUUUCUCUCUGUAAAACUGUCCUGUGCCAUCCUUUUUAGCCAGGAAAAUAUAUUUCUGUAAAAGCCUGGCUGAAGGAGAAACCUCCAGUCUACAUUUUAUGAUUCUCAUCGAGUUUGUCUGAUCAAAUGUUCAUUGCACCUUUCUGCAGAGGCUCUGCUUGUUCUGACUGAUACCUGUUUUAGCUAACCAUGAAGGGACAAAGAACCACACGUGCUGAAUUUCAGAGGUCCCUGUGUUCUCUAAAUCCUAAUGCCUAUUGUUGCAAAGUAACGCUAAAAUACGUCUGCAAAUGGUUUGGUGAUGCAAUCUUGCUUUUGUGAAUUCACAGGUGAAGUUGUGGUACUCUGAAGGAUUUUCAGUUAUUGAUAGAAAGUACUCUGAUAUGUUUGAAUGAAGGGCCUGAGGGUAAAAUCAUCAAAGGUACCUAGGUGAUCUAGGCUCAUAAUUUCAUUAUCAAAAGUGAAUAUUUGGAUGCUUUUUCAUAUGCUAUCUUACAUCUACGUGAUUUGAAAAUCUGGGGUGCUUUUUUUAUUCAAAUACUUAACAGUGGUGUUUGCUUGAAACUGUUAGGCUAAUUGUUUGACUUCAGCACUGGAAAAUACAUCCUUUAAUUUCACUUGUGAAGAGGAAGCUUUUAUAAAUUUCUAACCAGCGAAAUGUUACAGAUAACAGUAUCACCGAGUUUUGCGGGCACGGGUUGCAGGCAUCAAUCACAAUCAUCCAUGUUGCAGUUUGGUGUUGUAGGUGUGGCUAUUGGUGAUUUCUUCUUUAUAGCAAUUAAAGAGUUAUUUAAAAAAAU